UCGAUGACUUGACUUCUCUCGAUCGGGAGUGCCGCAUAGACGCAAGUCACAAACUCUAAGAUUUGUGGAUGACACUGCGGAGAAGUUGGCAAUCAGUUGGAAACGAUUUCCAGGUCAAGUUCGAGUGUCGGCGACUGAGGCAACUAUGUAAACGGACUCGUUGAUGCUCGCGAGGAAGAGAAAAUUUCACACACAUUCGAUCUGAGAAGAACAAAGCCUCGGAAACAAUGGCGGCUCCUUCGUCGCUGUUUAAUCAGCAGAGGAUGGAUCACAUACGAGAGCCGCUGAGAGAGCAAUUGCAAGGAAGUGGACCGAAGAAGCAUGAGGUCUCUUCGUUGGGGUUGCAGAUUAGAGGCCACUGCGGCCUUGCGCAGAGACCGGCAUAUCACAAGGAGGUGGAUACUGCCAGAGAAGAAUUGGCCAACUUCCGAGAGAAGUUCGAUCAGUGGAAAAUCCAUUACGAUCGCGAAAUCGGCAAGACGAGACAAGAGUUGGCCAUGCUCACUCCGAGACUGAUGGGCUUGGGCCUGGCUUCCAAAAUCCACCACCUCCAAGAAAUGACCGCUAGUAGGAUGAACACCCCUCGCAGCAGCACCCCUCGUUGCAGCACCCCUCGCUCCGCCGAUCUUUGAGGGCCAAUUUUGAUACUUCACAAUUUCCAAAACCAAACAUUGAUGAUGGUUCCGUCACUGCACAGAUUCCCGGGUGAAAUAAAAUUUUCUUCGUGUACAACUGUCUUGUCAGUGUGAAUGCUUCGUGCUCGCUCACGGUGAAGUGAACCGAUCAAAUUUUUUAACUCAUCUCACACUUGUACUUGAAGUUUCCCAAAA